ACGGAGGAAGAGAAGUGGAACUGCAAAACCAGAAAUGGAGACAACAUCAACAACUGGGAAGCUAACAGUUGAGAAAGUGAGAGGGAAAUCAAGAGUGACAAGAUGUUUCUCCAAGUACCCUCUCAAAUUCAUCAUUCCUAACAAGGUGGGUCCUUCAGAAUGUGAUGCUGUUUGGAUUUACACACUCACUUAUGGUGGUGGCAUUGUCUCUGGAGACUGUAUAUCCUGUGAAUUUAUUAUCAGUGAUGGAUGCACUGCUGUCCUUACAACCCAAGCUUCUACUAAGGUCUACAAGUCUUUGGGGUCUAAAUGUUCUGCACAGCUUCUUGAGGCAAGAAUUGGCAGUGAUUCUCUUUUGGCUGUCAUUCCAGAUCCGGUAACAUGUUUUUCAACUGCAAGAUACUCACAGAAACAAAUCUUUAGAGUACGCUCAGACUCCAGUUUAGUACUUGUCGAUUGGAUUACUAGUGGCCGCCAUGAAAGUGGAGAAAAAUGGGACUUUGAAUGCUAUAAGAGCAUCAACAACAUAUUUUUGGAUGACAAUCAACCCUUGUUUCUUGAUAAUAUAUUACUAGAGCAAGGAAACACUGGCACUAUUGCUGAACGUAUGCGGGACUACCAAGUUAUAGCCAUGGUUAUACUCUUAGGGCCAAAGCUGAAGCGUAUUCAAAUUCAAGUUCAGGAAAAUGUGAAAAAGAUGAUGUCUGAACAAUUGCACAUGCCUUUUUCUGGAUUAGGAGGCCAUGCAAAAUCAGAUUCUCGUACUUUUUUCACCAAGCCGGCUUUCGUUGCAUCUUGCAGUGUAUUUGGACCUAAGGGAAUAGGCGUUAUUGUGAGAAUAGCAGCCAUGACAACUGAAUCAGUAUACAAGUUCUUGCAACAUCAACUGGCUGACAUGGAGCCUCUGGUUGGGGUUUUACCAUAUCGUUGAACGAGCUUAUCCAUACCUGAUAAGGGACUGUUGCUGCUGCUGGAAUCCAUCAUUAUCAUGGCCUAUCUACUGUCUAAUACUAUGCGACUUAUCUUUCUUCAAUCAGAAUAAUUCUCCAAUACCUAGUAUGGUCAGAGUUUAUAAACCAUUAACUUUGAUCGACUGUGGCCGGUAAUCUAAGUAGCUCUCUAUGACUGCUUAUACGGAAACUCGAAUUGAUUUGAGUUCAUAUGGCAGAUUCGGGAUAGAAGAUAUUGUUGCACAUACUCCAAUCUUGAAAUGGGUGAGGAUAUGGUAUGCAAGAUCUGAGACUAGGUAUAUCCUGUCACUUUGAGGUUUUUGUCUUACAAUUUGGAAGCAGUGUAUGCGUCCUUGUCUUUAAUAUUAAGGUUUGUGUCUUAGAAUAAAAAAAAAAGGUUUGUGUCUUGUCUUUAAUAAUCUUAUGAUCAUCUUUUUACUAUUCAUUACCACUUCUACUAAGAGUAUCCUUUGUAAUGCUAAACCUUGUGUUAAAUCUGCGGUUUUUUCUUCAA